AUGAUGCAGUUGAAAUUAUCUGAUAGUGAUAUAUGUGAAAGACGAAAGGCGCAGUUGAAAGAAUGGUGUGGCUCAGAGACAGAUCACGCAUCAUCAAAAAUGCGGGAACCGGAAAAAAUCAAGUUUCCAUUAUCUGUUCAGCUACUUGCAGCAUGCAGUAACAGUGAUUUGGAUGAAUUUUCCCGCCUACUUAAGCUUGGAACAGACAUUAACACACAAAAUGCAGAUGGAUUAACCAGCACACACCUAGCUUGUAUCAAUGUUGACUUUGAUUUCCUAAAGUUUCUUAUCAGCAAUGGUGCAAAUAUCAAUCUGCAGGAUCAUGAAGGUUGGACUCCUUUGCAUGCGGCCGCUUCUGUGGGCUGUUGUGAACUGGCCAGAUUUCUCAUUGAAAAUGGUGCAAACUUGUCAAUAUUAAGUGUAGAUUUAGAAUUACCAAUUGAUGUGGCACAAGAUGAAGAAAUGAUCAAUUUGUUGACAGAUUCAAUGAAAAAACAAAAUAUCGAUGGUGAAGCUAUUAAACAUUCAGAAGAACAAAUGUUACUGCAUGAUGCACAACAAUGGUUAACUAGUGGUCAAUAUAAACCGGUUAUUGAUCCAAGAACUGGUGCCACUCCAUUGCAUGUUGCAGCUUGUAAAGAUUAUACUAAAGCAAUGGAAAUACUACUACAAAUUCCCGGUUUAGAUAUAAAUGCUAAAGAUUUCGAUGGAUGGACUGCACUGCAUGCAGCUGCACAUUGGAAUCGUGAAACAUCGGCACGGAUGUUAGCUAAUGCCGGUGCUAGUUUCGAUGAGCAUACACGUGCUAGUCAAUCUGUAUUCGAUGUAGCUGAUAAAGAAAUGAUUGUAUUGUUGAGACAACUUCGUGAAAGACAAAGAGCUGAGAAAUUAUCCAAUGCAUCUAAACUAUUGGAGUUAUCAAAAACAACAGAAUCCAUGAAUAAUAAACCAAGUCAUCCUGUUGUACUGGAAACGGAUGAACCUAUGAAAACGAUUAAUAAUAAUGUUAAUCAUAGUGCUGAUGAUGACGGCGACAACAACGAGGAGGAGGAGGGUGACACUGAUGAUGAUGAUGAUAAUUCUCUUGUUGAAAUUGAUCAAUCCUCUUCGGAUUUUGUAAAUAAAAAGCCAAAAACAACAACAACAGCUGUUGAACAAGAUGUUUACUCGAAAACGACGUCGACGACAUCCUCAUCAUCAUCAUCGUCAUUAUCGUCAAAUGAUGAUGCCUCGUCAGAGUUAAUCAAGAAAAUUGUUGACGUUGACGAUGUAAGUAGUAGUGGUAGAACAGUGAAUGCUACUAGUACUACUAAUGAUACGUCGUUGUCUACUUCUCCGACAUUAUUAUCAUCUGUACUAAAAGAACAAACAGAGGCAUUGAAAUCUUCCACUGUGACGACGACUACUCAAUUUAAUCAAUUCACCAAUGAACAACAAUCAUUUAUGGCACCUGCUACUGAUGCUGUUGCUGUUACUGCUCCUUCUCAAAAAGAACAAAUGUUAUUAUCAUCAGAUGAUGGAGAUUCCUUGUCGAAUUAUCAUGUUCAACCAUUGAAAACAACUGUAAAAUCUAUCACAUCCAAUCAAUUACCAUCUGUUAUGAUUACAUCAUCAGCCACAACGACAUCACCUAUACCAUCAACUGGAAAUAAUGAUUAUUCAUCAUUGAUGAAUGAUAAUAAUGAUAAUUGGAUGGAACAAGAAGUUUUAGAUAAUUUCGUCAUGAAGGUAACUACUACUACUACUUCUACUACUCCUACUUCUACUUCUACUGCUACUCCAGUUUCUACACACUCAUCAGCAUCAUCUUCAUCAGCAUCAGCAGCAGCAUCAUCAUCAUCAGCAUCAAGAACUCUUCCGACUAUUAUUAGUAGUAGUAGUACUAGUACUAGUACAAACAAUAUAAUAUCCGAUCAAACAUAUCAUAAGCACAAUGAUUCCAAUGAGAAUAAAUUUAAAACUGGUAUUAUAAGCAUUAUCACAGCUCCAUCUAGUAAUAAACGUCCUAUGGAUGAGAAACCAGAUACUACUGCUACCACUACUACUACUACUACUUAUAAAGAAUUAUCAACCACAACAACAACAACACCAACAGCACCAUCAACAACACCAACACCAACACUACCAACUCACACUAUCAGUUCAUCAGGAACAGGUCGUACAAUUACAAAGAUUAUUGCUGUCAAACCUAGACGAAAUGAUCCACAGAAAAUGAAUGUUGAUGAAAAAGAAACUGAUAAUAAAUUGUCCAGUCCUACACCUGAGAUUACAACCAAUCGACGAAUAUCUGUUGUAAUGGCGCCGACAAAAUCUGGUGAGACAGAAACACAACGUAGUGUAAAAGCACGUUAUGUUCGGUCGACUCGACGAUCUACUCAAGGUGUUUCGUUAGAAGAUGUAGAACAAGCGAAAAUGUUAAUUGAUAAAAAUAACAAUACUAGUAAUAGUAAUAAUAAUUAUCAGCCAACAGAUUCUCUGUCGUCUGUUGAUAAGUCGCCGUCAUCAUCGUUGACGGAUACAUCAGGAGUAUCGAAUAAUAAUAAUAAUAAUAAAUACGCCAAGUUAAGUCAUACUUCCACAGCUUGGAAUAAACCAUAUUCAGAUAAUAAUAAUAAUAAUAAUAAUAAUAAUAAUAAUAAUAAUAAUACUACAAGUCUUUCUCGUCGUUUCACUGAUACUGAACUAUUUCGAUCACGAUCUAUGGUUGACAAUGGAGCGGUAGCUGGUGGUGGUGGUGGUGAUACGGCUAGUACGAAUACCACAGGUGGCAAAUCCUAUGGACGUACAGAUUAUUCAAGUGAUAGUCGAUCGUCGAAUCAUUAUCCUGUAAGUCCUACAUUCGAGAAUAAAACCGAUUAUACUACAUCAGGUGGAAUUCGUGAACGUCGUCAUAUACGUGAACGUAAUCCACCUGAACGUGUACUGUCUAGUAAAUCAUUUUCCACUGUAUCUGAUCUUAUUGAACGUCGUCUAUCGUCAGAUCAAAAUUCUCCGUAUAGUUCUACUACGAAUAGUAAUAAUAGUAAUAAUCAUACUACUGGACGAUCCGAAUAUUCCCCUUCAUCUUAUACAAAUACCAAUAAAUUCUUGAAUACAACUAGUACAAAUAGUACUACUAUUGGCGGUGGUGGUGGCAGUGCUGGUCAAAAUGAAAAUGAUGUAAAAGGCAUCAUUCAAAGGCCUACAAGUCGAUUUUUGCAUCAAUCAUCACAACAAUUAAUGAAUACAAGUAGUGGUAGUAGUAGUAGUAGUAAUGCUCCAAACACUUCAUCUACAUAUUCAUGGAAUCCUGGACAAAUUACAUCGAAUAGUUCUAAUGUUACUACUACUACUACUGGUGGUAGUAGUAUAAAUAGUGCUCGUGGUAUUAGUACAAUGAAUCAUCAUAGUAAUAAUGAUAAUAAUAUUAAUAUGAAUAGUAACGAUUAUUCAUCAUCAACUCCUACUCCCCGUGAUCAUGUUUCACAAUGGCAAGAUUCAAAAGAUUAUAAACGUCUUUAUGAACGUGAGAAAGAAGAACGUGAACGUUUACAACGUGAACUGGAUCGAUGCAAUCGUCAAAUAAGUCAAUUACGCCAAGAACAUCAACAUCAACAACAACAACAACUAAGAACAUCCAAUGAUUUUAGUCAUUUGAAUUCUACUGAUACAAUGAAUAACUACAAUUAUAAUAGUAGUAGUACUAAUAGUGCACAGAUGUCAGAUACUCUCCAGAGUCGACUACACUCGUCUGAAGACAAAAUGAAAGAAAUUGUUCGUUUACGUGAAGAAAUAUCUAGAAUGAAAGAAGAAAAUGGUGCAUUAAUUCGUGUGAUUAGUAAACUUUCAAAACCAAUCUAA